AUGCCUUUCUACGGUCGUCCUAGUAAAGGUUGCUGCAGUUGUCGGGAAAGACGGAUAAAGUGUGAUCGGCUUGAGCCCGUGUGUUCCCAAUGCAGGAGAGCAGGCAAGCCAUGUGGCGGCUAUCGGGACGUGCCGUCUUUUAUGUUCCGCGAUGAGAAUGAUAAGGCGGCUCGACGAAGUGCAGAAGCAAAAGCUAAGACCGAGGCCCGUCGAAGAUUGGAGGAUAGUGCAGGUCUAGAAUCUGAUAUAUCUACUUCUGACUCGCGGGCCGAUCGUUCGCCAUCGGAUGCGCUAGUCUGUCGGAGCAAGGGCCAAUCGAUCCUGGCUCCGAGAAUUACUGCCCCGCUGUCCAUCCCAUUGGAGGAUCAGGGGUUGAGGUUCUUUGUUAACCGUUUUGUGACACGGAUGGCCAGCAGAACAAAUGUCUCUCUACAUGCAAGUAUUGUGCAGCCGUCUCCUCAUUUUGGAGCCGUUGCUCUCGAUCAGUCGAGUCGAGAUGCUGUCGUCUCGGUUGGUCUUGCUGCCUUGUCCAAUGUCAAUAAUGAUAGAGCACUGCGGAUAUUGUCUCGAGAGAAACACGCCAUGGUCAUAAAAGCCGUGCGAGAAGUAGUGGAGAACCCCGCUCAGGCCAAUCCCGACAGAACAUUCCACUUGAUCUUAAUGCUGGGUCUAUACGAGAUGGUCAGCUGUACUCCUAACCAGCUCGACUCUUGGAUAGUACAUCUGGAUGCUGCCGCUGCUUUGCUUAAACAAUCCACCUUUCGGCUAUCACUCACGAACUUGAACCACCGAGCCCACUUACAAUUCUACUUUGUUGUAAUUGUCAAGUAUUUCUCUAAGAGGGUUGUGAGCCCGAAUCUACUGAACUGGUCCCCUGAUCUAAUACCCUCUGCUCCACCAGAGAUCUUACCAGGCGUCCAUCUUGUUGACAUACUGAUAAGAUUCACAAAGUUCGAUGUAUAUGUGCAUCACCGAAAGCCCGACGCCAGAGCAGUAGUAAACUCAGCGCUAUUGUUUGAAGAUGAACUCCGCGAGUGGGAAGCCCACCUCCCAUUACACUGGUCCUUCACUGUGAAAGAAUCCAAGACAUGCGAGCACACCUAUCGUGGCCAGUAUCAUGUCUACAAGGACAUGUGGGUUGCGAUAAUUUUCAACCACUACCGUUGGGCACGACUGGUAGUCAACGAGACCAUCGUAUCCCAAAUUUCUAUGAUGGCACGACCCACAGGAAACGAUGUGAUUCAACGGCAGCAAGCAUUGGACAUAAUUUCUUGCAUGGCAAUUGACAUAUGCGCCGGAGCUGCAAGUCAGGAAGCUAUCUCCGAGAGAGGAGUUGCCGAAGACCCAUCACAUAUACCACUGUUAAAUGGUACCUUCAUGCUGCUUUUCCCAUUAGGAGUUGCCGGAGGCGCGGCGGGGACUCCCGAUGAAGUUCAUGAUUGGGUUGUUGGAACGUUUGAACGAAUAGGAUGUACGACGGGGAUCCGGCGAGCUUUGGAAAUGAUACCCCAUCUGAAGAAAUCAGUCGGUAAAUGGAAACUAGAUCAGAAGCGGUGGAACAGCAUGCACGAGUAUAAAUGA